CGAAAAGCAAUGCGAUGGGAAAAUAAAUUGCGUUACGAAGGGUAGUCGGUACUCUGUAGCGCUAUCGCAUCGCUGAAAGUGUUGCUCUUUUUAUUAUUCACUUAUUUUUCGCUUUAGUAUGCAUCACUGACCGAAAUGCCAAAGAAAGCGACCAAAACAAACGAGCGAUUGGAAGUAAAGUACAUAUAUUUAUAUUAAAUAAUAUAAAGUAAUGGAUUGUGUAGCUUUAUGGGACGAAUCAUCUGAGGAAAGGAUUUAUCGGAGAUUUAUAAGAGAUAACUCCAACGUUAUGAGUCUCAGCGAUCAAAGUUUUGUGCAGAAUUUUCGGCUUAGUAAGGAAGCCUUUAUGUAUGUGCUAAAUAGCAUAAAGGGUGAGAUGAAAUCUCCAACGAGAGCAACGGCUAUCCCUGAAAUUAUAAAAGUUGCAACAACCCUAAAGUUUCUUGCUCAGGGUGCGUAUCAACAUUUAAUUGGCCAAGACCAUCGCGCGGGGCUAGCACAGCAAACCGUUUCCAGUUGCCUUUGGGAAGUUUGCAGUGCAAUUGAAAAGGUAUUGUGUCCAAAACAUAUCGUUUUUUCGAUGAGCAGUGAGGAGCAACAGGAUGCCAACCGUAGAUUUUACGAAACAUGCGGAAUUCCGGGUGUGGUAGGAGCAGUGGAUGGAACGCACAUCCAAAUGAUAAGGCCAUCAAAUGACGAGCAUUUAUUUUUUAACCGAAAACUUAAGCACAGCAUAAAUGCAAUGGUGAUAUGUGAUCACAAAAUGCAAAUUCGAGCCGUGAAUGGUAGAUUUGGAGGUGCAUCGCAUGAUUCGCACAUAUGGAACUUGUCCGGUGAGCGCGAAUAUUUAAAAACUGCCUAUGAAAACGGUGACUCUGGCCAACGAAUUCUUGGUGACUCAGGAUAUCCGUUGGAACCAUGGCUCCUUACUCCAUACAGGAAUUCUACGGAGGAUUCAGACGAACAUUUUUUUAAUCAAAAACAUUCAAAGGGAAGGUCGUUAAUUGAGAGAGUUUUUGGCGUUUUGAAAGGCAGAUUUCGUUGCCUUCUAGCUUCAAGGGAGUUGCACUAUGCUCCAGAAAAGGUUGUGCAAAUACUAAAUGUUUGUUGUGCUCUGCAUAAUAUAUGUAUAAUGUUCAAAGUUCAUCCUCCCAGUUUAGAAAUCGAACAGGAACAAGUGAACAUGGUAAAUAUAGAAAAUGUAGAAAAUCUGAGUUUUGGAAAUAUAGCUAGACGUAUAAGAGACCAAAUAAAAAAUGAUAUGAUUGCCACUCGAAAUUCUGUAUGAAAAAUUUGUUUAAAUAAAAUCGUUUUUUAGUAAAUAUGAA